UAUACACACAAACACACAGGCGGCAGCUCAGACUAACAUCGUCUCACAACACAUUACACAACACAUAGGCUCACUCCUAUGAAACGUGACUGAGAAUUGCACAAGCUUUGCAUACGGUGGCAAGCAUAAAUAACUCUAAAACAUUUAAAAAACACAGAGCUUUUACUUUAUGAAUAUGACACCAUUGCGUUUACAUAUAAGCCCGCCGUUUAAAAUGUUCAUGGUAUUGAACCACAAUGUCUUUCUAGUCACCCACAUGACAUGCUCAUUUUACUGAGGGUAAAGGAUUGUGAACGUGGGCAGAAUGGGUAUUCAUAGAAUAAUAGAAGACGGAUUGGUUCUUACUAACUUCACGUCCACUUUGUUCAAAAGGUUGUCUUUUUACUAUGAUAAAAUGGUACAAGUAUUUUGAGUGCGUAUCAUGCUACAAUUUGUUUCUAUCCAGGUCCUCGUAAAAUAUUUGUGUUGAACUCAACAAUUUAGUAAUGAUGAUCUCUUACUAGGUUGUAUUGAUGGAAAUGAAGUGGUCGCCAAGUCUGGUCCUAGAGAACAGGUUAUGCUUUGGAAACAGCCAAAACACCUGAUUCAACUAAAGGUCUUGAUUAUGUAUUUCGAUAUAUGACUUUGGAUGCAUUAGGUGUGCUAGUGCUGAACUGGAACGAAAGCCUGCACUCCAAGACCAGGGCAGCCAUGUCGGUCUCUCAGAUCACCCCCACCCUGUUCCUGAGUGGAGCAGACGCCCCCCUCAACCAGGCCCUGGUCUCCCGCAAGGGCAUUACCCUCAUCAUCAAUGCCACCCUCAACCACGCUUGCCCAGUCUACCCAGGCGUGGAGUGCCUGCGUGUGCCCGUCUCCGACCUGCCCAGCGCCCGUCUGGGCGACCACUUUGACCGUGUGGCAGAGCGCAUCCACAGCAACCGGACGGGGGGUACGCUGGUGCAUUGUGCGGCUGGCAUGAGCCGCUCGCCGGCCCUGGUCAUAGCAUACCUAAUGCGCUACCGGGGCGUGACUCUGUGCCGGGCCCACGCAUGGGUGCAGGAGAGUCGGCCGUACGUACGACUCAACGCGGGUUUCUGGGCGCAGCUACUAGAGUUUGAGAAGAGGCUCUAUGGGAAGAAUACGGUUAAGGUGGCUGCGCCCAUGCCGCCGGUGAAGCCGCCCCUGUCGCCAUGGACACUGCGGUCAUCAUGGACACAGCGGUCACCACCGCUGUUGCCCGGGUCACCGUUGUUGUCGUCUUUGUCGCAGGCCAAGAGGUUGAAGAAGGGUAGGCUUGUAAGGAAGUAGUAGGGAGGGAAGUUUGCUUUUCUGUCUGAAGAUGUGAGGGAAGAACUUACAGCCCUACUGCCUGAGGAUGUAAACCAGGGAAGCAGGCAUGUCCCCUGCCUUGAUUUGAUAAGGGAAAUAUAGUACAAUAAUAAUCUUUAUAUAUAUGUACACUGAACCAAAAUAUAAACACAACAUGCAACAAUUUCUAAGAUUUUACUGAGUUACAGUUUAUAUAAGGAAAUCAUUCAAUUUAAAUAAAUUCAUUAGGUCCUAAUCUAUGGUUUUCACAUGACUGAGAAUACAGAUAUGCAUCUGUUGGUCACAGACACCAUAAAGAAAGGUGGGGGCGUGAAUCAGAAAACCAGUCAGUAUAUGGUGUGACCACGUUUCGCCUCAUGUAUCGCGACAGAUGAGUUGAUCAGGCUGUUGAUUGUGGCCUGUUGAAUGUUGUCCCACUCCUCUGCAAUGGCUGUGCGAAGUUGCUGGAUAUUGGCAGGAAACUGGAACGCGCUCUCGUACACGUCGAUCCAAAGCGUCCCAAAAAUGCUCAAUUGGGGACAUGUUUUGUGAGUAUUGUGUACAGAUUCUUGCGACAUGGAGCCGCGCCUUAUCAUGAGGUGAUGGCGGCGGAUGAAUACCACGACAAUGGGCCUCAGGAUCUCGUCACGGUAUCUCUGUGGUUUCAAAUUGCAAUUGAUUAAAUGCAAUUGGGUUUGUUGUCCAUAGCUUAUGCCUGCCCAUACUAUAACCCCACCGCCACCAUGGGGAACUCUGUUCACAACGUUGAUAUCAACAAACCGCUUGCCCACACGACUCAAUACACGCUGUCUUCCUGGUACAGUUGAAACCAGGAUUUCUGGUACAGUUGAAACCAGGAGUCAUCCGUGAAAAGCACACUUCUCCAGCGUGCCAGUGGCCAUCGAAUGUGAGCAUUUGCCCACUGAGGUCGGUUACAACGCCGAACUGCAGUCAGGUAAAGAUCCUGGUGAGGGCGACGAGCACGCAGAUGACCCUGACACAGUUUCUUACAGUUUGUGAUGAAAUUCUUCAGUGGUGCAAACCCCCAGUUUCAUCAGCUGUUUGGGUGGCUGGUCUCAGGCGAUCCCGUAGGUGAAGAUGCCGGAUGUGGAGGUGCUGGACUGGCUUGGUUACUCGUUGUCUGCGGUUGUGAGGCUGGUUGGACGUACUGCCAAAUUCUCUAAAACGCUGGUGUAUGUUAGAGAAAUUAGAGAUAUUAUCUGGAAACCGAUUUGGUGGACAUUUCUUGGGUCAGCACACCAAUUGCACGCUCCCUCAAAACUUGAGAUAUCUGUGGCAUUGUGUUGUGUGACAAAAGUGCACAUUUUAAAGUGGUCUUUUAUUGUCCCCAGUACAAGGUGUAAUGAUCAUCAUGUUGUUUAAUCAGCUUAUUGAUAUGCCACACCUGUCAGGUGGUUGGAUUAUCCUGGCAAAGGAGAAAUGCUCACUAACUCACUACAAAUUUGUGCAAUUUUUAAAAUAUAUUUUAGCUCAUGAAACAUUGGACCAACACUUUACAUGU